AUGCCAGAGCAGGACUGGGGAUGUUCAGGAUCAUCAUGUGGAGGUUGUGACUGCAGUGGUGUAAAAGGGGCCAAGGGUGAGCGAGGGCUGCCCGGCUUGCAAGGCAAUAUGGGAUUUCCUGGUAUGCAAGGCCACGAAGGCCCUCCUGGACCAGUUGGCCCCAAAGGUGACGCUGGAAUGCCAGGAGCUCCUGGAAUGAAAGGAACACGUGGUCCUCCUGGUCCACCUGGGUUUCCGGGAACUCCAGGUCUUCCGGGUCUCCCAGGUCAGGAUGGUCCACCUGGUCCUCCAGGUAUCCCAGGGUGCAAUGGAACAAAGGGUGAGAGAGGUCGAGAUGGGAUAUCAGGCAUUCCUGGGAUCCAAGGACCACCUGGCAUUCCUGGCUUUCCUGGACAGAAGGGUGAACCAGGUGGUAUAAUUGGUGGAUUCAUUCCUGAGAAAGGAGAACGAGGUUUCCCUGGAAAUCCAGGUGUACCCGGAAGGAAAGGAGAACCGGGAAUCAUUGGACCCAUUGGACCUUCUGGUCCUCCAGGACUUAAAGGAGAAAGGGGUCCACCCGGGCCCCCCGGUACAAAGGACGAUCAGCUAACGUUUGUGGGUCCGCAAGGUGAGAAGGGUGACCGGGGAUUCAGAGGCCCACCUGGUCCCCCGGGUCCAGAAGGAGUUGGUGGCCCCGGUGAGACUAUUGUAGUACCUGGACCUAAGGGUGAGCCAGGCCUUCCCGGACAAAAGGGAGACAAAGGUCAAUGUUUACCAUAUCAUCCUGGAUUUAAAGGUGAAGUAGGACCUCCAGGACCUAGAGGAAAACCAGGAAAAGAUGGAGAAAAUGGCCUCAAGGGAGAGAGUGGAACCCCUGGCAGUCCUGGGCGCCAUGGCCUGCCAGGUGAAAAGGGAGAGAGGGGACCUCCAGGAUAUGGUGAUGGUCCUCCUGGCCCACCUGGUCCCCCUGGUCAACCAGGACCACAAGGACAACCAGGUUUUCAAGGAUUCCCAGGUGACCCAGGUCCUCCAGGAAGGGAAUUUGUGGGCCCACCUGGUGAGAGAGGUUUUCCAGGAGAAAUAGGUCAGAAAGGAGAUAAAGGUGCUGACGGACAGUCUCUUAGAGGGCCACCAGGAAAUGAUGGGCUACCAGGUGUAGCUGGUCCUCCAGGGCCUUUAAAUGAAGACUGCGACGUCCAACGAGGUGCUCCUGGUCCUCCUGGACCUCCUGGGCUACAGGGAGAGGUGGGACAGAAAGGUGAUAGGGGUGAGACAUGCGUGGAAUGUUCUUCUUUUGGGUCCCCAGGCCUCCCAGGACCACAGGGUCCAAAGGGACAGCAAGGUUUCCCCGGAACUGCAGGAAGGAAGGGAGACAAAGGCGAUCGUGGAACCACAGGAGCUCCUGGAGAACCUGGUACACCUGGGUCUCCAGGUUUAAUGGGUGCACCUGGUGCUCACGGUGAACCUGGCGAUAUCUAUGUGGCACCAGGACUUAAGGGAGAGAAAGGUUUACCAGGUUUGGUUGGCGGUAGAGGGCUGCCAGGUGUGGAUGGUUUGCCAGGAAAAGAUGGACUGCCAGGUGUACCUGGACUGAAAGGAGAGCCAGCCAGAGUGGGCAUUAAAGGAGAGCGCGGUCGAGAUGGAGACCCUGGUGUCCGUGGACCCCCUGGUGAGAGGGGCCCUCCAGGUUUCCCCGGAGUUGGACAGCCCGGUCAGCCUGGUGAAAAGGGUAGUUCAGGAGCUCCAGGCGUGCCAGGAAGGCCAGGUUUACCAGGUGUUAAAGGUGAACCUGGAAAAGGUGUGAGCUUUCCUGGGCCUCAGGGUACACCUGGUCCACGUGGAGAGCCUGGAAUACCUGGUCUUCAAGGUGACACAGGUUUUCCGGGUGCUCCUGGAUUGCCAGGAAGCCCAGGUCAAAAGGGUGACACUGGCCCUCCAGGAAUUGGGCUUCCUGGUCCACCUGGUCCAAAAGGAUACUCUGGAGUACCAGGGGCUGCAGGACUACCUGGAGAGCCUGGUCGAACAGGUCCUCCUGGUUUGGAUGGACGUCCAGGAAUACCUGGGCCAAAGGGUGAACCAGGGCGGGGUCUUCCAGGACCAAAGGGCUCUACAGGUCCACCAGGAGUGACAGGAUUUCCAGGGGAGAAAGGUAGCUUUGGACUUCCGGGUAUCCCAGGAAUUGAAGGGCGCACUGGACCUCCUGGUCCUCAGGGACUAAAAGGUGAUUCUGGGCCGCCAGGAACACAUGGUUUCCCAGGACCACCUGGCCCUCCUGGGCGUGGUGAGCCUGGAGCACCAGGACCCAUGGGGCCAAGAGGAGAUCCUGGUCCUUUUGGUCAGAGUGGUGUAAAGGGACAGAAGGGUGAUCGUGGUUUGCCUGGAUUGGACAUGCCAGGUCCUCCUGGUGAGAAAGGUGCCCCUGGUUUCCCAGGAACACCUGGACCUAAAGGUUCUCCAGGAUUUCAAGGGCCUUCUGGAAAAGAUGGUUUACCUGGCCCGGAAGGUCCCAAAGGAGACAUGGGCAUGAUGGGUGAGCCAGGACAACCAGGACAUCGAGGUGUCCCUGGAUCUCCUGGAUCGCCUGGAUAUAGAGGUGAUCCUGGUAGUAGUGGACCUAGGGGAAAUCCUGGUGAGAAAGGUUUUAAAGGAGAGAGAGGAGAACCCGGUCUACAGGGGCCGCCUGGUAACAUGAGUGACGUGGACAUGGAACACAUGAAGGGAGAGAAAGGAGACGCUGGAGACAGAGGUGACCCCGGUCCAACAGGAGAGAAGGGUUACCCUGGAACACCAGGAGACCCUGGGAUGCCAGGAAAAGACGGAAUGCCAGGUUUACCUGGACAGCCAGGUGAAAAGGGUGACCCUGGGUUUCCAGGAGAACCAGGAGGUAUGGGACCACCUGGACCAAAAGGCAGUACGGGAGACAUGGGAGUACCAGGCACAGUCGGACCAAAGGGUGCAAAAGGAGGGGUGGGAACACCAGGUCACCCUGGCUUUAAGGGCACAGAUGGGUCAAAAGGAGAAAAGGGUGAUGCAGGCGAGCCUGGUAUUGGAUAUCCUGGAUCACCUGGAGAGAAGGGUGAAACAGGCCCUCCUGGUUUCCCUGGAGAGGUUGGACAGAAGGGACAGAAAGGUGGGAUGGGAACCCCUGGUAUACCUGGUACUGCAGGACCCAAAGGAGAUAAAGGAAGCUUUGGUCAUCCAGGUAGUCCUGGUUUACCUGGUCAGAAAGGUGUUCCUGGGCUGCCAGGUUCUCCCGGAGGUCAAGGUCUUCCAGGUCGACCAGGUGAACCUGGUCUGCAGGGACCUCCUGGUCCACACGGAGAGAAAGGAGAAGCAGGAGUAGAUGGUAUACCUGGAACCCCAGGAGAGAGGGGUGACCCAGGUCUACCAGGCAGAGGCUUCCCAGGAACUGCAGGACAAGCAGGCAGCAAAGGUGAUAAAGGGGACCCUGGACUUCCUGGGAUGGAUGGUAUUCCAGGUGUACCAGGAACCAAAGGUGAAAAAGGUUUGCCAGGUUAUCAGGGGACCCAGGGCCCUCCAGGAGAUAGGGGUCUCCCAGGACCCCCCAUGGAAGGGCCCAAGGGUGAUACAGGAGUUCGCGGAGAGCCUGGAGCACCAGGAGCAACUGGCCACCCAGGUCCCCCUGGUGUUCCUGGAACUGCUGGCUCUAAAGGGCACAAAGGAGAACAGGGUCCACCUGGUCCACAAGGCACGCAAGGAAUCAAAGGAGACCACGGUGUCCCUGGCGUCCGUGGUGAACCAGGGUUGCCAGGUUACAAUGGACCAAAGGGUGAAAUGGGACCUCAGGGUGUUCCUGGAUUUCCUGGUCUUAAGGGUGAAGUUGGAGUGAUUGGAUCAAAAGGAGAGCUUGGAGAUAGAGGAUUACCUGGAGCUAAAGGUAGAGAAGGUCCACCAGGCCCCCCUGGCCCACACACCUUUAUCAAAGGAGACAUUGGGUUCCCAGGACCCCAAGGACCACAAGGUCCAGUUGGGCCAGCAGGUUUCCCUGGCCUGAAAGGCCAGCAAGGAAUAAAUGGUCCCAAGGGUAUUAAAGGUGCUGAUGGGACACCGGGGUACAACGGACAUUCUGGGGCGAAAGGCGAGCCCGGAUUACCUGGACCCACUGGACCCAGAGGACAUCCUGGACCCCCAGGUCCUGAUGGUGUACCUGGCCAGGUAGGACCUCCUGGCCCCUCUUCCAUGGACCAUGGUUUCCUUUUGACAAGGCACAGCCAGUCCGUGGAGGUCCCCCUGUGUCCUCACGGCACCACAACGAUCUAUGAUGGAUACUCACUGCUCUAUGUGCAAGGCAAUGAGAGAUCACAUGGACAAGACUUAGGUACGGCAGGUAGCUGUCUGCGGAAGUUCAGUCCCAUGCCUUUCCUCUUCUGCAACAUCAACAACGUGUGUAACUUUGCGUCCCGUAAUGACUACUCCUAUUGGCUCACCACUCCCGAGCCCAUGCCCAUGAGCAUGGCCCCCGUCACUGGAGAAAGCAUUAAGCCUUUUAUCAGCAGGUGCUCAGUGUGUGAGGCUCCUGCUAUGGUGAUAGCUGUGCACAGUCAGACCAUUGCGAUCCCUCCGUGCCCAUAUGGCUGGGAAUCCCUCUGGAUCGGAUACUCCUUCGUCAUGCACACCAGUGCUGGUGCAGAAGGCUCCGGUCAGGCGCUGGCCUCUCCUGGUUCCUGUCUUGAGGAAUUCCGCAGUGCCCCUUUCAUUGAGUGCCAUGGUCGUGGAACGUGUAACUACUAUGCCAAUUCCUACAGCUUCUGGUUGGCAACCAUCGAAGAUGAGGACAUGUUUAGAAAACCUGUCCCCGCAACGCUGAAAGCCGGAACUCUUCGCACACACGUCAGCAGGUGUCAAGUGUGCAUGAAGAGGACAUAGACCAGUCACUUGCCGCAGUAGCCAUUUGGUUUUCCUGCUCCUGAUCGGCAUGAUCUAGUUUUACCGAAAAAAAUUAAACAAGACCCCAACAAACAAAUGAACAAGAAAAAGAUGGUGCUAUUUCUGUCAGCGGAGACAGACUUAUUUCAUAUGCAAAAAG